AAUUUUUGUUAAUAGUGUGCAUUAACUAUAGAAUUUCCGUAGGGUUUAACAUGCUGUCAUAAAGUAUAAAUACACAAAACCCUGCAUCUCAUUCUAUUCAUUAACCUCUAAAACAAUACAAAACUUCUGUAUCUAUAGCUCUGCAAUGGCCCAAAGCUUCGAGUCAUUAGGUCUAGGUCCCAACGUAAUCAAAGCAAUCAAACGGAGAGGAUACAGUGUCCCCACACCACUUCAACAAAAAGCGGUGCGGCUUAUACUCUCGGGAGCAGAUGUACUGGCUUUGGCUCGUCCUGGCUCCGGCAAAACGGUGGCGUUUCUGGUGCCCAUGCUCGAGAGGCUGCGGGAUCAUUCGGAACAAGGCAGCGGGGCUAGGGCUUUGAUUUUGUCUCCCACGGUGUCUUCGGCGCUUCGUACUCUUGAAUCUGCUCAGAAUUUGGGCCGCUAUACUGAUCUUCGAAUUGGUUUAUUAAUUGGAGGGGAUAGCAGGCAAAGUCAGUGUGAAGAAUUGGCACAGAACCCGGAUAUUAUUAUUGCAACCCCUAAUAGGAUCAUGCACCAUUUGUUUGAGCUUAAAGAUUUGUCGUUGCAUGAUGUAGAGUAUGUGGUUUUUGAUGAAGCUGAUAGUAUCCUUAACAUGGGAUUUGAGGAGCAGCUGCAUCAAAUUAUGGCCCAUGUUAAUGAUAAUCGGCAGACAUUGCUCUUCAGUGCAACUUUACCAAGUGCCCUUGUCGAAUUUGCCAAAGCUGGUUUACGAGAUCCCCAGCUUGUGCGAGUUGACUUGAUUAGCCCUGACUUGAAGCUUGUCUUUUUCACUUUAAAGCAGGAAGAAAAACAUGCUGCAUUGUUGUACUUAAUUGAGGAGAAGAUUAGACCAGAUGAACAGACUUUGAUCUUUGUUUCCACAAAAUAUCACGUUGAGUUUCUUAAUGUUCUCUGUCAAGAAAGGGGUAUUCGUCCAUCUGUUUGCUAUGGUGAUAUGGAACAAGAUGCUCGAAAGAUGGCUGUAUCCCAAUUUAGAUCAAGAAACACUAUGCUGCUGAUCGUGACUGAUCUAGCAGCCAGGGGGAUUGACAUUCCUCUGCUUGAUAAUGUCAUCAACUGGGAUUUUCCUCCUAUACCUGAGAUUUUUUUCCGUCGAGUAGGACGAGCUGCAAGGGCUGGUCGGACUGGUACUGCAUUUUCUUUUGUCACAAAUGAAGAUAUGCCCCAUGUUUUAGAUCUUCAUCUCUUUCUUUCAAGGCCUAUCAGGGCUGCUCCCACCGAGGAAGAGGUUUCACAUAAUGUGAAUAAUCUCAUGUCUAAAAUUGAUCAAGCAAUUGCCAAUGGAGAAUCCGUUUACGGGCGUUUCCCUCAGACAGUACUUGAUCUCUACGCAGAUAGGGUUAGGGAGUUACUGGAUUCUUCUACCGAAUUACAUUCAUUGGAGAGGCCGUGUACUCAAGCAUUUCGUUUUUAUAACAAGACAAAAGCAAAGCCUUCCACGGCGUCUGUCAGAAGAUCAAAGAAGUUGCCCCGUGAUGGACUUCAUCCAAUAUUCAAAAGUUUGCUAGGUGGUGAUGAGAUAACUGCACUUGCCUAUCUUGAGCAGUUAAAAAAAUACAGACCUAAGCGGACCAUCUUGGAAGCUGAAGGUGAAGUUGCUAAUUCAAAGAAAGUAAAGCGGUCUUCAAGUCAUUGGGUUGAUGUAAUGAAAAGGAAAAGAGCUGUUAAUGAGGAGAUCAUUAUAAAGAACAUAUGAAACACUCAAUAGAGUGUGCAGAAGAGCAUUCUGAGGAAGGACUUUCAGAAAAGGGUUAGACAGCGGAAUAUGAGCUGUAACAGCAUGGCGUGAAUAAUGACAUCAUGUCUAUGCUCUGUGAGAGGGAUUACGAUAUAAAUUUUUUAUUUAAUGCAGUAUGUGAUCACUAUACAAAAAGCAAUGAGGAUUUAGUAUAUAGGAAUACAUCUAUUGAUUGACUGAAUCUAGGGAAAUAUCUGAGACGUGUUCUUUUAUUUAUUUAUCUACUUUUUGGCUA